CAACGGGCCCCUCGGCGCGGGCGCGGGCGGCGCCGCCCCCGGAGGCUACUUCGAGACUCCUUUUAAUUUUGGCAUGAAUCAUAGAGCACCACCCUACCCUGCUGGGGAUUACUGUCUCCUGUGCAGAAGCGAGCGUAAAGACGCCUCGUUCUUAGACGGCGGAGUAAAGACGGCGAGCAGGCCGGCCCUGUCCGUGGCGCCCAAGGGCAACAGCGUGCUGCGCCUGCCGCUGUGGGUGUGCCCGGACUGCCGGCGGGCCGUGGAGAAGGAGGAGCGGCACGGCGGCCUCGACCCGCCAGCGCAGGGCCAAGACUUCCUCCUCCACACCCCCCUCGGUGGCUCGCAGCCAGAGGGUGGCGGCGGCAGGCUCACCCUGGGUGCUCAGCCGCUACCUUCAGCCACCCCCUCGGAUGCAGCAUGCGCCUGCGAAGCCUGCAGCGAGCGCAGAGAGGUUUCGGCCGAGGUGGACCGGGAGCCUCAGCAGCUGCAGAACUACUGGUCAGAAGUGCGCUACACCGUCCGUUGCAUCUACCGGCAGGCGGGGACCCCGCUGGCAGACGACCAGGACCAGUCUCUGGUGCCCGACAAGGAGGGGGUGAAGGAGCUCGUGGAUAGGCUCUGCGAGAGGGACCCCUACCAGCUGUACCAGCGGCUGGAGCAGCAGGCCAGGGAGUACGUGCUCGAGAUGAAGGUCCGGCUCCUGCGGCAGCUCUCGGCCGCGUCCAGAGUGAAGUCGCCGUCCGCCCUGCAGGGCCCCCCGCAGGCUCACCAGUUCAUCUCGCUCCUCCUGGAGGAGUACGGCGCCCUGUGCCAGGCGGCACGCACCAUCAGCACCUUCCUCGGCACCCUGGAAAACGAACACUUGAAAAAGUUCCAGGUGACCUGGGAGCUGCACAAUAAGCACCUCUUUGAAGAUCUGGUCUUUUCGGAGCCGCUCCUCCAGAACAGCCUGCCGGCACUGGUGUCACAGAUCAGGCUGGGGACCACGACGCACGACACGUGCAACGAGGACACGUACAGCACCCUGCUGCAGCGGUUCCAGCGCUCCGAGGAGGAGCUGCGUGGGGUGGCCGAGGAGUGGCUGGAGUGCCAGAAGAGGAUCGACGCCUACGUGGACGAGCAGAUGGCGAUGAAAACCAAGCAGCGCCUGCUCUCGGAGGACUGGGAGCUUCUGCGACAACGGCGGUUCAUCCAAGAGCAGUUAACGAACAAGAAAGCCGUCACGGGUGAGAACAGCUUCACGGACACCAUGAGGCACGUGCUGUCGUCGCGCCUGAGCCUGCCCGACUGCCCCAACUGCAACUACAGGAGGAGAUGUGCUUGUGAUGACUGCAGCCUCUCCCACAUCCUCACCUGCGGGAUCGUGGACCCCCCCGUCGCUGGCGACCUCCACAUCCACCAGCUGCCCCUCCAGGUGGACUCUGCUCCCGACUGUCUCCCUGAGAUGCGCCCCCCUAGCGUGUCGUCGGCGAGCUCGGGGUCAGGCUCCAGCUCCCCUGUGACGAUUCAGCAGCACCCCAGGCUCCUCCUCACGGACAACAGCUCUGCACCGGCUUUCUGUAGUGACGAUGAGGAUGUGGCCCCGCUGUCCGCCAAAUUCGCUGAUAUUUACCCGCUGAGUAACUACGACGAUGCCGAGGUGGUGGCCAACAUGAACGGGAUCCACAGUGAAUUGAACGGCGGCGGCGAGAACCUGGCCCUGAAGGACGAGUCCCCGCAGGUAAGCAGCACCAGUAGCAGCUCUUCAGAUGCCGACGACGAGGAGGCGGACGGCGAGAGUGGCGGGGAGCCACCGGGGGCCCCCAAGGACGCCGCCGCUCUGGGUAGCGGGAGCCCCAGGAAAGAGGAAAGUAAAGUGGACAGUCCACCCCCGUCUUACCCAACUCAGCAGGCGGAACAAGCUCCAAACGCGUGCGAGUGUCACGUUUGCAAGCAGGAGGCUUCGGGGUCGCCGCCGGCAGCGAUGACCGCUGGAGCCCUUCCUCCUGGCCACCAGUUUCUGAGCCCCGAGAAGCCCACACACCCCGCUCUGCAUCUCUACCCCCACAUCCACGGACACGUGCCCUUGCACGCGGUCCCGCACCUGCCUCGCCCCCUCAUCCACCCCACCUUGUACACGGCGCCCCCCUUCGCGCACAGCAAGGCUUUACCGCCAGCACCUGUUCAGAGUCACACAAAUAAACAUCAGGUAUUCAGUGCGUCUCUUCAAGAUCAUAUUUAUCCGAGCUGUUUUGGGAACACUCCAGAGUGGAAUAGUUCUAAAUUUAUAAGUCUUUGGGGAUCAGAAGUGAUGAAUGAUAAGAACUGGAACCCUGGCACUUUCUUGCCAGAUACAGUUUCUGGGAAUGACAUAUUAGGGCCAACACUCUCAGAAACAAGACCUGAAGCUCUUCCACCUCCAUCUAGCAAUGAAAUACCUGCAGUUUCGGAUAGUAAAGAGAAAAAAAACGCUGCGAAAAAGAAAUGUUUGUACAAUUUCCAAGACGCUUUCAUGGACGCGAACAAGGUUGUGAUGGCCACCUCGUCAGCCACCUCCUCCGUGUCCUGCACAGCCACCACGGUGCAGUCGAGCAACAGCCAGUUCAGAGUGUCGUCCAAGAGGCCUCCUUCCCUAGGUGAGGCCUUCCACGGCGUCGGCGUCGGCAAGGAGGACCACAGGCACGGGGUGCCGGCCGCCCCGAGGAACAGCCCCACGGGCCUGGCCCCACUCCCCGCUCUCACUCCUGCCGCCCUCUCGCCGGCCUCCACGCCUCACCUGGCAAACCUCUCAGCCCCGUCCUUCCCCAAAACCGCCACCCCCUCUCCUGGGUUCGUGGAAUCUCGCAAGAGCUUCUGUUCUGCUCCCCUCGCCCCACCGCCCCCGACCACAGACGGCUCCGUGAGCGCGCCGCCGAGCGUCUGCAGCGACCCCGACUGUGAAGGGCACCGUUGCGAGAACGGCGUCUAUGACCCGCAGCAGGAUGACGGGGACGAGAGCGCGGACGAGGACAGCUGCUCCGAGCACAGCUCCAGCACCUCCACCUCCACCAACCAGAAGGAGGGCAAGUACUGCGACUGCUGCUACUGUGAGUUCUUCGGGCACGGCGGGCCUCCAGCUGCACCAACAAGUAGAAAUUAUGCAGAAAUGAGGGAGAAGCUUCGCUUGCGGCUGACCAAGAGGAAGGAGGAGCAGCCUAAGAAAGCGGACCAGCUCUCGGAAAGGGAGAGCGUGGUUGACCACCGACGGGUGGAAGACCUGCUGCAGUUCAUCAACAGCUCAGAGACCAAGCCCGUGAGCAGCACCCGGGCGGCCAAGCGCGCGAGGCACAAGCAGAGAAAGCUGGAGGAGAAGGCGCGGCUGGAAGCGGAGGCCCGGGCCCGGGAGCACCUGCACCUCCGCGAGGAGCAGCGGCGGGAGGAGGAGGAGGAGUUGGAGCGGCUGCAGGAGCUUCAGAAGCUGAGGGCCGUGAAGAAGAAGAAGAAGGAGAGGCCGAGUAAGGACUGUCCCAAGUUGGACAUGCUUGCUAGAAGUUUCCAGGCAGCCACAGAGUCUUUGCCCAACUCUGAGAACAUCCACAACGGCUCCCUGGAGCCAGUGCAAGACCCAGACACCUCAUCUCGCUCCCCCUCCAGACACGCGGACCACACAGAGCCCGGGCCGGGGCGGGGGCCUGGGGCCGACGGGGACGCCAGCGACCCCGCGGACGCCAGAGACUCCAAGCUCCUCCUCCCGAAGGGGGUCGGUGGGAAGCAGCAGGAGCCGCUGUCCUUCCUCCUGAACGUGAUGCACCAGCACCGGGAGGGAAACGGCAAGCAGAAGCUGAAGCCGGCCAGCAAGGCCUGCAGCGAGCCAGCGAGGAAGCCCGUGGAGCCCCGGGCCUCAGAGGCCCCGGCCCGGCCCCGGCCCCAGCCCCAGCCCCAGGCUGAGCCCAAGGCCAGAGUGCUGGACCUCACCCCCCUGGCCGAGCACAGGAGGGAGGACAGGAAGGCCAACAGCAACAACAACAACAGGAAGCCGCUGAACCACGUCAGGGAGGAGAAGUCCAGCCCGGGCCCCGCCGAGCCCGCGCCUGCCGAGCAGCCACCCAGCAGCAAGCCGGUGCCCGCCGACUCCCCGCAGCCCAAGGGCAAGGCCAGGAAAAGCAAGAAGAAGAAGGGGGACAGAGCCAGCAGCUCCAUCGAUGACGUCUUUCUGCCUAAAGACAUCGACCUGGACAGCGUGGACAUGGAUGAGACGGAGCGGGAAGUGGAAUAUUUCAAAAGGUUCUGUUUGGAUUCCGCUAGACAGACCCGACAGAGACUGUCCAUCAACUGGUCCAACUUCAGCUUGAAAAAGGCCACCUUCGCUGCCCACUGAACGAGGACCGCCUGGAGAGGGGCGCGCGGGCGGUGGGCCAGGCCCGGAGCUGCCGUGCCCGCCCCGGGCAGCGCGGGGGCCGCCGCUCCUCCCCCUCCCGGCCGAGAACCUGCUGCUCGACCCGCGUUGUUAGCUCGUGUGCGUGUAGUCUGUGAUGAGACGCCUUGACCGUAGCGCUGUGCCGUCGGGUCGGAACCGAAGCUCCGCCAGCUCUUCCGCCGCCGCGGCCGCGGAGGCUGGGCUGCGACCGGCGGCGCGUUUGCAUCACCACGUGGCUCCGUCGCCUCUGCACCGCGCCCCGUGCGCCUCCCGCCCCCGCGGGGCGUCGCCGCCCUCAGCCCUGUGCCCUGCGUCCCCCCCAGGCGGCCGGGCGGCAGGGCUCCCCGUCCUCCACAGUCCGCUGUCGAGAGUGUACACGUCGCGCUGUCCGUGUCUGACCCCUGACUUGUAGCCAGCUUGUGUAAGACCCUCGCAGAAGGAGAACGUCCGAAACCACGCCCACCCAGUACUCACACCAUCCAGCCCGUUAGAGAGUCCGACUGAUUUAACACGGAGGCCUGCCUGGCUACUUUUUAACAUAUUGUUAAGUAAUAUUAAAAUCAUGUCUUUCUUUUUGAAAGAUGGAAUACAUUAGUACAGCAGGA